CCUCCGGCCCCUCCUCCGGCCACAACAUAUCACGUGAUGAUGUGGCGAUGGCGUAGGGCUGCGCCGAGUGGCCCCACCCACCCGUUUCUCUUGCGCGACAGAGCUGCAUAUGCCGCGCCAUCGAAACUACUGCAUUCCUGUUCUCCAUCUGACUCACAGAGCACCGGCGGGCGUGUGACCGCUGAUUAGUUAGAUAGCUAGCACGGCUUCUUCCCCGCUAGGCCUCCCCCGACGACAACUGGAGCCCCUCCCUCGCUGUCACCAUGCCGACGGUGCCAGAGGCAAUAUUUCGCGACUUUGGAGCUGUUGGCGCUCCUGGCGCUGCCGAGCCCUCCUCGGGGGCCUCACGAGCCCCAGCGACAACGGUCCGCCUCGCGCGCCAGGCGAGCAUUGCGCGCCCGCAGGCAUGCCAGGCGUGCCAGCAGCGUAAACGCAAGUGCGGAAACUGUGCGCGGCGGGGGAUAAAGUGUACUUUCGAGCUGAAGAUUACCGACCGGUCACAUCCAAACUAUCUCACCAACCUCCUCGCGUCGCUCGAGGACAAGGACAGGCGAAUAGCCGCGCUCGAGAGCGUCAUCGCCAGCCGGCUGCCGGACCUGGCCCACAUAGCGUCCUUCGCGACCGAGAGCAUCCCGCACUCGCCGUCCGUGGCGACGAGCACCCAGCAUGAGAUCAAGUCGCCCGCGGGCGCCGCAGCGCCAACAGACGACGAGGGGUGGAAGCCGCUCGCGCAGGAGGUCGCCGAGCCCAUCAUCGCGACGCUGCAGACGCUCGACGUCAGCCGGCGGCAUAUCCCCCAACCGCCGCUGGUGGGGUUCAUCAAGUCCAGCCUAGGCACCGAGGCAGAGUGGGAGAACGACGACGCGUCGGCCGUCAACCAGACCGCCGUGGCGCAGUGGCCGCCGUACGAGCUCGCAGUGGUGCUUGUGCACGAGUUUCUCAAGAGUAACGCGGUGUACCCCUUUAUCAGGCAGUUCGACCUGCUGCACGACCUGCAGCUCGUGUACAAGCCAGCUGCGUCAGACGCAUUGCCCGACGCGACCGCGACGCCGCUCCAGACAGCACGCCUGUUCAUGGUCUUCUCGGUCGGGUGUGUCUGGCUCUCUCAGCGCGGGAGUGGCGAACGUAUCGACACGACACUGCUGCGUAAUCGCGCCGCAGCCGCCCUGCCGGAAGUUAUCCGCACCGCGAGCGGCGUGGACUGUGUCUCGACGCUGCUGCUCAUGGCCCUGACCGCACUGUACGACUGGGGCGGUGUCGACCUCGUCCGCCUCGCGCCCAUGAUCUGCAAGCUCGUCAUCGCGACAGGCAUGCACCGCGAGCCAGCGGCCAGCUUGACGCAGUCGGAGAAGGACCGUCGACGGGUCAUCUUCUGGUGUGUCUACAGCCUGGACCGGAUAGUUGGGUCGAGCCUCGCCGUGCCCAUCGUCCUGAGCGACACCGAGAUCGGGAUCAAGCUGCCCGAGCACCUGGACGACAUUGGCUCGCUCGCCGAGGGCAUGGUAGGCGGGACAUGCUCGGCUGCCGCUGACCUGCAGGACGCGACGGCCUUCUUCGCGCACAUGAUCGAGAUGCGCCGCCUCAGCUGGCGCGUGUACACGCACGUCCAGUCCCCUAGCCCAUCACAAGCCGAGGCCGCCGCGCUCCACCGCGACCUGGACGACUGGCUCGCGCGCGCCCCGCGGCCGAGCAGCACGCCGUUGUCGGACCCAAACGACGACGACGACAUGGUCAACAACAGCCUCUUCGACCUGUACUACCACAUCUUCCUGACGCGUCUGUACGGUCCGUCAAAAGCAAGCUUCUCCGCCCCGACCGACGCGCAGCUGCUCGUGCUCCGCGAGUCGGCGUCGGCGGCCAUCGCCAUCUCGGUGCACAUGCAGAAACACCGCCUCAUCCGCGACAACUACUUCCAGCUCCACAUCGUCAUCGCCGUCGGCAUGACGCUGCUGUACACGCUCAGCCAGUACGGCCGCGGCGAGUACGCGCACGACGCAGAGUGGUGCGCGGCUGCGAUUGACGAGAUCCGCGCCACGGAGGGGUUUAUCGGGUCGUUCUGCAGAGGCUGGCCAUAUGCCCGAGGGCUAAGCCGCGCAUUCAACGCCCUCGCCGCGCGCUGCAUAGCGCAGCUUGGCGCCAGUGCAAAGCCCAAGCCCGCUACAGCGCCGACGUCGCGCCGCGACUCGGCAGACCUCGUAUCGGGGCUGCCGCGCUUCGACUUCUUCCCCUUCUCCGAGGAGAACGGCGAGACGUGGACCGCUUGGGGGGACGAGAACUUUUUGCCGCUGCAGGCGGACCUCACGCCCGACUCGCUCGCGGAGAGCUCGACCGCGCAGCUGGAUGACCUGUUGACGCUGGUCGGGUGGAGCACCGACUGGAUCCCACAGUCGCUGGGCCAGCCCCCACAGUUGUGA